UACAGGCAUUUAUCUGGGAAACAGGAGACAGAGGCACCUGCUUUAUGUAAUUGAUAUCCUGGGGAAUUAUUGUGUACAAUAAUCAAGAAAAAUCUUCAUUUCUAAUUCUAUUAUGUGGGAAAAAAAUAUCUCUUUUUUCAGCCUGCAUAAAACAAACCCCACUUCCACAUGGAAUAAGCUCCAGACCAUGUUUUCUAUUAUGCUUGAAUAUAUGGGACAUGCAUUGCAAUCCUAUGCUUGCCACACUGCUGCAGUAUACUUGUUUUGCAGAGCUCUGUAGCAGGCUAGUCAAAGCUGUGACUAACCAGACCCUUGGAUACGUACUCUAAUCUCUGGCCUUUAUUUUUACAAUGAAUGUGAUUCGUUCUUUGAUUGCAUAUUUUUCUGAUCUGUGAGAAGCUUCAUGCUCUGUAUUUGGAUGCUGACUGCAAUACAGCAAUAGUCUUUGAUACGCUUUACACUCUCAAAUUAAAGCUUAAAAACCUCCAAGGAAGGAAAGGAGGCCAGAUUGGAGGGGGAGGAGGUGAGAGGAAGGAAGCGGGUGGAGAAAACCACUAUAUUCCCAAGAUGCAAGGAAAGUUGAAAAGUAGAAGAAAAAAUAUAUUAAAUCAGUGUAAACUAAGAGAGUCACAGUGUACACUCUGUGGGGAGCCUGAAGAUUUGGAUUCUCUAACAGGGCAUGCAUUUCCAGAAGAAGAGGGUGGCGAUCUGCUCAAGUCGGGCUUCAGUUUUCCAGGGACGCCAGAGGAGGAGCUAGACCAGCAGUACUCAUGGUCGCCUUCUCAGCACUUCAAUGAAGAAAGAUACUCUCCUGCUCCGAGGAAUAUGAAAGGAUUAUCUGGCAGUCGCAACCAACCACAGUUAUGUUCAGCUCAUACUUGUGGCUUAGCAUCCCCUGAAGAUUGCGAACACACCCACGACCAUAUCCACCAUGGGCAGGAGCCAAGGCAAUCGUAUCUUCUCAGCCCCACGGAGAGUUGCCCGAUGGACCACCAUCGUUGCUCACCACGCAGCUCCAUUCAUUCUGAAUGCAUGAUGAUGCCCAUGGUAAUGGGCGAUCACAUGUCAAGUAGCACUUUCCCCAGAAUGCACUACAGCUCUCAUUACGACACAAGAGACGACUGCGCCAUGUCUCACGGUAACCCUAAGAUUAACCGUAUUCCUGCGAAUCUUUUGGACCAGUUUGAAAAACAACUUCCUCUUCACCGGGAUGGUUUUCACACCUUACAGUACCAGAGGACCUCAACAGCUGCAGAACAACGCAGUGAGAGCCCAGGAAGAAUACGCCAUCUCGUUCAUUCAGUCCAGAAACUUUUUACUAAAUCUCAUUCUCUGGAAGGAUCAUCCAAGGGCAAUGUUAAUGGAACAAAGGGAGACAGUCGAGGGGAUGACCAUCAUCAUGGGCACCAUUCCAAGCAUAGCAAAAGGAGUAAAAGCAAGGAGCGAAAACCAGAAACCAAACAUAAAUCUGGAAUGAGCAGCUGGUGGAGCUCUGAUGAUAAUUUGGACAGUGAUAGCACUUAUCGAACCCCUAGUGUGGUAAAUAGGCACCAUACGGAUCAUAUAUCCCAUUGCUACCCUGAGGCACUCCAGGGACAUUUUGGGGAUCUCUCAUUGAAGACUUCCAAAAGUAACAAUGACGUGAAAUGUUCAGCUUGUGAAGGGCUAGCAAUGACCCCUGAUGGUAAAUACAUGAAAAGGAGUUCUUGGUCCACGCUUACAGUAAGUCAAGCUAAAGAAGCUUAUCGCAAAUCAUCACUGAACUUAGAUAAGCCUCUGGUUCAUCAGGAAAUCAAACCUUCCUUGAGGCCAUGCCAUUACCUUCAGGUACCUCAGGAUGAAUGGGGAGGAUAUCCUGCCAGUGGGAAAGAUGAAGAGAUACCCUGCAGAAGAAUGAGAAGCGGGAGCUAUAUUAAGGCCAUGGGAGAUGAAGAAAGUGGAGACUCUGAUACUAGCCCCAAGACAUCACCAAAAUUAGCAGUUCGACCCGAGUCAUUAUUAAAAUCCAUUGGACAAAGACCACUGGGAGAUCAUCAAAAUCAGAGCUACCUUCAAACUGCAAGUGACGUGCCUGGGGGUCACAACCUGGAUCCCUCUGCAAACUACAAUUCCCCAAAGUUUCGCUCAAGGAAUCAGAGCUAUAUGAGAGCAGUGAGCACACUCAGUCAGGCCAGCUGUGUUAGUCAGAUGAGUGAAGCAGAGGUUAAUGGGCAAUUUGAAUCGGUGUGUGAAUCAGUGUUUAGUGAAGUUGAAGCUCAGGCAAUGGAUGCCCUUGACCUCCCUGGAUGUUUCCGAACAAGAAGCCACAGUUACUUGCGUGCCAUUCAGGCAGGCUAUUCCCAAGAUGAUGAAUGUAUACCUGCGAUGGCAUCUUCCAACAUCACCUCAACAAUCAGGUCAACCACAGCUGUAACUUACACAAGUUACAAAAAAACACCACCGCCGGUACCCCCACGUACCACAUCCAAGCCACUGAUCUCAGUCACGGCUCAGAGCAGCACAGAAUCCACCCAGGAUGCAUACCACGACAGCCGGACUCAGAGGAUUUCCCCAUGGCCUCAGGACGGGCGAGGGAUGUACAACUCCACAGACAGUUUGGACAGUAACAAGGCUAUGAAUCUUGCCUUGGAGACUGCAGCUGCACAGCGCCACGCAUCGGAGGGUGCCUCCAUACGAACCAGUGACAAGGCCAUCCUCGUGACAAAAGCAGAGGAGUUUCUCAAGAGCCGGCGUUCCUCUAUAGGGAUCCAGGUGGAAACAGCAACUGAUUCAGAUACCGAGAGCAGAGGCCUACGGGAAUACCACUCUGUUGGGAUACAAGUAGAAGAUGAAAAACGACAUGGAAGAUUUAAGCGCUCAAACAGUGUAACAGCAGCUGUCCAGGCUGACCUGGAGCUGGAGGGCUUUCCAGGACACAUCACCAUGGAGGACAAGGGACUUCAGUUUGGCUCGUCGUUCCAGCAGCACUCAGAGCCCAGCACCCCCACCCAAUACAGCGCAGUGAGAACUGUACGGACACAGGGACUGUUCAGUUACAGAGAAGAUUACAGGACCCCUGUUGACACCUCAAACCUUCCACCACCAGAACCCUGGCUAGAGCCAGCCAUUGAGACAGUAGAGACUGGUCGAAUGUCUCCUUGUCGACGGGACGGAUCUUGGUUUAUGAAGUUGCUGCAUACUGAAACUAAGAGAAUGGAAGGAUGGUGUAAAGAAAUGGAAAGAGAGGCAGAAGAAAAUGAUCUUUCUGAGGAAAUCCUAGGUAAGAUCCGAAGUGCUGUUGGAAGUGCUCAGCUGCUCAUGUCUCAGAAAUUCCAGCAAUUUUAUUGGCUCUGUCAGCAAAAUCUGGACCCGAGUGCCAUGCCGAGACCAACUUCCCAGGACCUCGCAGGUUUCUGGGACUUAUUGCAGCUCUCGAUUGAAGAUGUCAGCAUGAAGUUUGAUGAACUGCACCAGCUGAAGCUCAAUGAAUGGAAAAUAAUAGAAUCACCUGAAAGGAAGCCAACUGAUUGGUGGAUGGAAGAAAGAAAGGUUCCUCCUCCUGUACCAAAGAAGCCCCCAAAAGGAAAAUUCCCCAUCACAAGAGAAAAAUCUCUGGACCUACCCGACAGGCAGCGACAAGAAGCCAGAAGACGGCUCAUGGCUGCGAAGAGAGCAGCCUCUUUCCGGCAGAAUUCAGCCACAGAGCGUGCAGACAGCAUCGAGAUUUACAUCCCAGAGGCUCAAACCCGGCUUUAAAGACAGAAUGCUGCAGAGUUCCUUUUUUAGACAAAAUGCUUGUACAGUUUGUCACUUACCUGGUAAUUUUUGUCUCAUUCUCUCCACUAAAUAUGCCCUUGCUGUUGUGUUCUUUGUGCCAUAAGCACAGUGGAAUGCUUUUGAUUUCCUCAGAAUUUGCUGAGCUCACCGCAAGAACGACUUCUUUUGUAUUUAUUGUCUGACUUACAAUCAGCUACAAUGGAUAGGGCUUGUCGAGACCUGACUUAUCCAGUAUAUUCUCAGAGGACAACAAGAAACACCUCUUGAGAUGGAACCCAGCUUACUUUUUUGUUAUUUAUAUUUUUAUAAAAUGUGUGAUAAUUAGGGAUAAGAAUAACAAACUUAUAAAUGGGUGCAUCUCACCAUUCACUAGAGGCAUUAGCUAAUCCAAGUAGAAGGUGCUACAAAUGUAAAGAGCAGGAAAGAAAGAACCCAUUUAUCUCUCUGACCUCCAGUUUCUGUUCCUAGAACCCAGCUAAAAUAUUUACCCAUGUGCUCUGCCAUUCUCCUCAUCUUUGUUACUGCAAAAUAACAUUAGGCCUCUCAUGUCAUGUCAAGUUUCUGGAGAUGAACAGGGAUAUCCAGCCACUAAAACUCCAAAGUUCAUCAGAAACCAAGAAGCAUACAAGUCUGGUGGUGUUGGGAAUGCCCACUGAGAAACGUUUGCUGUUAGCAGUGUAACAACACUCUGAAACCUAAGCAAAAUUAUAAUGCAAGAGGACUUGAGUGAUGGGUGAAAGGAAAAUGGAAGCCUUAAAAAGUUAGAUCUUCUGUAGCAAGAUGUGUAAAGAAAAAGUUAUACUUACUCCUUUGGAACACUCAUCGCAUUUUUAACAGUUCUUUUAUGUGUUAACGUUUAUUUUAUAAGCCUUCUCUCUUUUAUUUCAAGAGCUGCGCUACAUGUAAUAUUUCAAACUCUCAAAAUGUUAUAUCAAUUGAGUUUCCAGGGUAUCCUUGAGAAAAAAAAAAAAAAAGAAAAAAAAAAGAAAAAAAAAAGAAAAAAAUCUUGCUUGUUUAAAAUGCCAGUUGUGAUGUUGUAAACAGUUUAAGAAAUAUGAAUGUGAGUGGUAAGUAUAUCUAAGUUUAAAUGGUUAUGUUAAGGUAAAGGUGAACUGUGGUUUACAGUUGUAUUUUUUUUAGAACUAUUUUUCUAUGCAGUAUCACUUACAGCAAGACUAAGCUUCUUGCUUGCUUCAGAUGUAACAAACAUGACUCAAGAGAAAACUGAUUUCCAGCCAUGGAAUGUAAGGAAAAUAAUGUAUUUUCAAGCCUCUCAUUAUCAGAAGAUAGAAGUGGUGACUCCCACAAUUAAGAGGCUUUAAAUCAAAACAAAUUGAGAUAGAAUUAUGCCACUUCACCUACCUUCCAGAGCCAACUGAGCAACCCAGCACUUAGAAGUCUUCAGGUGAAGACGCAAUAAGAUAAGUAACCCACAGACUCCGACUCCAAGGUUGGAACACUACUGAAUAAUACUUUAGGUCAAAACAAUAUUAACACAGUGAGACAGACAGUCCCAUCUACUGCAUUUCCUGUUUACCUGCUUUAACAAAUGCAAUGUAUUUAGCCAUAGGCAGAACAGCUAUUAAAUUAUACUCUAGCACUUUGGUUCUUCACCUGACAAGCACUUUAAAUCCGUGUCCCACACACCCUGCAGCCUGACAGAUGACUGAAAACAUGAAUUAUCAUAGGUUAUGCAGAUCUGACAUUGCUUCUAAUCUGUUUUGGUUUGGUUCUGCUUUUUUAUGUUGUUUUUCGUUUUCUUUUUUUUUCUUUUUUCCUACAGUGCAUAGUACUAAGCAUGAGUUCUGUCUUUGGAGCACAGCUAAUAAAGCACGUUUAGCUUCAAGAUAGGAAUCUUUAGAGAUGAAGUUUUGAGAUGUUUCUGUGAGGAGAAAGCCCUGUAAAUUGAGCCUGAUAUCUGGUAUAUACUUUGCCAAAUAGCCUUAAACUAUAUUUGGAAGUAAAAACCAAGACGAAUGUAUAUCCUUCAAAAAUGGAAAAAAAAAAAAUCCCUGAAAUAUUCUUCUAUAGAUGAAAACGUUAUCUUUCCCAUCCCUUGUGUUUUCAAGGCAUUUUCUAUUAAGGAAAGAGCUGAAUUCUGGGUAGUGUACAAUAUUGAUACUACUUCUAUAUUUGUUGUACUAUUUUAAAUACAAAUGUACUUGCAGACACUGGCAUCUUUAGUGUCAAAAACUGAUAUAUUAUUUAAUGUGGAGCUGCUAAUUAGAAAUAUCCACAUAAAACUAAAGCUAGUGUCUUUCCUAGUUUUAGGAAAUAUAAAAUAGGCACACACAACUAAAUAUAUGAAGCUGUUAUAUACAUAUAUGGCAGCUGAUACAUUUUCUCUAAUUUCCCUGUACAUUUCACACUUGACUUACUUAUUUGAAAACUCCUAUCUGCAGGGAUAGCUCAUGUGAUAAGACAAGUUGCAUUUGAUCCUGCCACUAAUCAGACUUUAAAAGUCUGACAGUUGUAAAGACAAAUCAUUAAAAAAAAUUUACAGAUGUGCUUAGAUCCCAGUUGACCUAGUAAUGCUUACUUGGGGCAGUCCAUCUAAGCUUUUAAUUUAGAAUCAUAUUUUCAUUGUUUUUUGAUGUUACAAUUUUAAUGGAUGUUCUCAGGCAAAAAUAGGCCUGCAAGAAUGAUGCCAACCCUGAAUUUUACAUUUCCCAUGCCAUUACAAGCAAAUGUUCAACAUAAAUGUUGGAUGCAUAUGAUUUCUGUUUGCUCCACCUUUGUUCCAAAAAAACAAGAAUGGAAACAAAAGAAAAAGUAUCAAAAUUGAGUUAGAUGCCUACUGAAAGAUUUGAUAAUAUGUUAUCUGUGCAUGUUAUAUUUCAAAGUGCAAUAUAUUAAAUUCUUGUACAGGUAACAUUCUAUCAUAGAGAGCAAGAAAGCCAUUUCUAUCUACAUAUUGUACAUUUUGUUAGUUUAGAAAAAUAACAUUAUGCUUAUCAUACUUGUGUUGCAAAUAAAUCAAUUUUUUUUCAGUCCCUGACAUGAGAAACACAGCACAUGGUACCUUAACAUAGAAACGGAUUGAUUGUAAUCUGACCCCACAUCAUAAAAAUAGAGUUCAGUUACAAAACCAAUGCAGGAGGAGCAUAAAUAAACAUAAAGAUAGAAAGUAGAAUACUUUCUACUUAGAGACAUCAUGGAGUACAUCCACACAGAACAGCUGGAUAUAGCAAAAUAGUCUAGUAUUUAAUUGAACAUUAAUUGGACUUAUAUUUAUUUUAACCGAUGAAACUUAUAGCAAGUCUAUGUUCAUUUCUUCAUUGCCUGUAAAACACAAGUAUAAUAAACAGAAUUGUGAAAAGUUAAAUAAAGAAAAAGACCUGACUGGUUGAUAUCUGCCAUACUUAUUUUUUUGCUUUGUAUAUUUUUUUAGAUUUGAAAUUCUUUGUAAAUUGGUGAAGUAUAUUAUGGAGUGUUUUACUAUUUCUUGUUGACCUGAUCAGAAUGGCCUUUGGCAGUGUGCAAAGACUAAUAAUGUUGUACAGUUUAAUACCAAAAAAAUACAUUUUAAUUCAUGCUUAAGACUUGUCACGAUGUUAGAUUUGAGAUUAAUCAGGAAGGAACUAAAGUGUGCAUAGGAAGGUGUGUGGAUUUCAUGUCUAUAUAAUACAUUUCAUAUAAUAUAAAUUAUUUGUUUUAAAAUAAGCCCAUGUCCUGCUGUAUCAGUAAAUUAUUACUCUACUUUCUACUCCUUUGGCACUGCAUCUAGUGAGGGAAUUUUUGGUCAUUUGGUGGUUUGCAAGGAGAAUACUUUCUUCCUAAGUGAUUGUGUGCCAUAAGUGACCUGCGGUCUCUCCAGGCCCUGCUGCAAUUGGUGUAGUGGCAUCCCUCCAGAUGCACUCAUCUCAGCUGUUUGCAUCCAAUAUCUUGAGCUUGCCUUGGCUGGCUGGUGGGUUUGAUGUCCUUCUUCCUUGACAUUACAGGCAGGGUACACGUCAGAACCUGACCCAUCAAGGUAUGGUUUGUGCAUGGCCAUUCAAGGUCUUGAAUUUGAGCAGGUAGCUACAGGUGCCAGGCUGUGUGUGCUGAAAAGCCGUGAAAUCCUGUGGAGCAGGAGCCUUUGCAUUAGGCAGAGAGUUGAAAUGAAAUGCAAAGCAGUGUUACUCCCAUUGCUGUUCCCAGACCAGAUGGCCUUGAGGUGACACCAUGGCAGGCUACAUUCAAGGUGAGGAACAGCAGUUAACUUGUUGAUGCCUAGAGAGGUGCUUCCUGGUGUAUCGCAGGUCGACUUACAUUUAUACAGUGCCUUUCAUCCAGAAGGAUCUCCAAGCACUUUAUUAGCUGACAUGCAAUCCCCAGGCCAGGCCCCAGCCGGUGCCAGGAUGGUCGUUACCCUGCCUGCAGGGGGACACUGGCCUGGGGAACUGCAGGGACAAGGGCUCUCCUGCCUGUCCCCAUGCUGCAGGGGAGCUUCUUUCCACAUCACCCUCCAGCACCCAGGGAGGACCCACACAGUCCACACCUGUGCCGAAUGAGUGGGGAACACUUGAUGAAGGAAGAGGAAAACCUGAUCAAAGUAGGGAAGAGGGUGAUGCUGAUUGUGUCCCUCCAGGAUGUAGGCAGGGAUAGAAAAACAUCAAAUUACGUUUUCAGAACAAUCUCUGCCUUUUCUUUUUGUGACAGCAGCGAGGUCCUGGUGAUGAAGGAGCUCCACCAGGAGGGCACCUCGGGGAGCCAGGAGAGCCCUGGGCAGUAGUGAGCACAGGAGCUGAGCACUCUUGCUCAGAGAUCUCAGCAAGUCUCUCCUUCACAAGCGCAACCCCCAUGGCUUUUAGCCAGAGAGAUGGAUCUGGGGCACAUGCUGCAAAAGCAGCCUCCACGUGUUGCAUAACUUCAGAGUGCCCUAUUCUCUCCCCUUCUUCCCUCUAGCCAAGCUAGCACGAGGGAUAAUAUGGAGCACAGGACUUAGGCAUAAGGAUUAUGCUUUGUUUCAGGCAAUUGCUCUGUACUGAGACUCUGCUUUAACCCUAAGGGUUCUUUGUAUGACAGAGCAAUGGGGACACCUCUCAGCACUGGCAGGAGAGGCAGAUCAGAGGCAGCCAUUUCACACUGCAGAUAACAGAAGGAGGAUUUUAUACAUAUAUACAUAACAAUAAUUUUUCAGUGUCACAGUACCCAGACAGUCAGACCCAGGUCAAGGCUCACGUUCUUGCAGACUGUGUGGCUUCCUUGCAGCUGAGCCAUGGCACUGCCAUGUGCCGGGCCAACUGUCCCAUGCAGUCCUAUGGCCCAUCUGCAACUGCUCGUCAUGUUCACCUCCAGGGACCAUCUUUUGGGAACAGCUGUUUUAUGGCAUAUUCAUAUGCAUAUGCAGACUCCAGGCAAGGAUUAAGCCCUCUGUAUACAUAGAAUUUGCUUAGGUUCUCUCUGUAAUGCAGCUACCUCUAUGGUGUAAUGCUGCAGCUGUUUAACCACAUAAUAGGCUGUUCGGGACAGCAAGUAUAAAACUGAAAUUGAAAUGGAAACUUGCCCAAAAGAGAAUUUGGACAGAAUAUUUAGGCUGAUUCAGCUCUCUUAAUAAAAUAAAAUUCUAAUAGCUGCAAGAGGCCAUGACAUUCAUUAUAUCUAAAACCAUAUUCCAGUUCCCUUCUUAUUAAAUGUAUAUCACAUUUUAUAAAUUAUGAUCACAUAAAAAGACAGCAUCUUCAGAGCCCCUCCUUUCCAUACAUGGGUGUUUCUGCCAUUAUCAUCUAUUGCUGACAGAACUGGGCUUCUGAAGUCACAUCAGAGAUAACACAAACUAGUGUGUCUACACAGUUUGCACUUGAACUGAGCAAACACAACAGUUUUCAUCAGCUGGCAAUUUAAUUCUCUAUUUUAUUAAGGCCAAAUUGUUAUUUUUCUAAAUUGGUGUUGCUGGAGGGGAUUUUUUACUUCUCUAAUAUAAAAACAUGAAUAUUUUCACUAACAUUAAAUGAAGUGGAGGUUUAUUUGAAGGUAUGGCCAUUAUUCACCACAUAUCCUGUUAAGUAAGAUUUUUUCUUCUCCUUCCCUUAUUCUUCUCUCAUUCAGCGCAGCGCAACAUUCCCCAUUCUUAAAGCCAAACUAUCAUUAAAAUGUCCUAUUAGUGAGAUGAAUUAUGGCAGAGCUUUGGCCUGUGUUCUUAUCUCAGCUGCAUUAGAGAAUAUAUAAUUCUUCUUAGAAUUAUAUAAAUGAAACCAGAGAGAAAGGUCAGAUUUGGACCAAUAAAAUUCAGGUCAACAUCUGACUCAGCAAGCACUGCUGAGGUAGGAGGGACUUACUGCAAGUGUUAGCUACUGCAUAAUGGAAUGGACAUGGUUCUUCCUUUCAAGUCAGUCACAGUCGAGCAGAGGGCUUGCUAGUAGGUUCAAGUCUCUGACUAUAGUCCUCACAAAGAAAUAUUAGCUUUGUUUAUAAUUACCAGUGGAAUCCACAUGCUCAUAUCCAUGCUUUUAUUUGCGCUCUGGAGGUUUAAGAGUAUGGCCAUCUCAUUUUAAAAGGGCUCCGCAUGUAUGUAUUCUUUAGUCCACUUUAGAUGUUAAUUUCCUGAAUUAACAAAAUUUCCCUUUCAAGAAAUCUGACUGAUACUGCUCUAGAACUGUUCUUUCCUGAAGAAAAGCCACUAUGAUUGUGCAGGAUUUUCUGCACAGAGACAAAACACGUAUUUUCAUUUGCCCUGUGACAUGCCAAAAUAAACAAAUGUGUGGCCUAAGGACUAAAUUAAAUGCCUCCUAUAGAAUUUCAAGGAAUGUUAGAACCAGGAAACUAGCUGUUUAGUUAUCAUUAAAAGUAUAUAUAAAUAUAUAUAAAUAUAUAUAUACAUAAGAAAUCAUAUCAACAAUGAGGAUGAACUGAGUGCCAAAUAUUCACCAUCUGUAUAAAGCUACACUUCACUAGAAUUAAACUAUUUUAUGUAAUUCUAUUUCUCAUGCUUUUAUGGUUCUUUUGAUAAAUUCUAUUUAGUAGCAUGCAGGAUACCUAAAUUGAAUGUACAGUAUGUUGUUUCAUUGCUACAAUAAUUUCUUGCUUCUCAGUAAUAUCUUCUUUACCAGAAUGUUAUUUGUUACUUUGAAGACAUAUUUGAGAAUUGUUUUAUUAUUGAGUUAUUCUUUUUCAUGGUUCUCUACUCACCUCCAGCUGAUUGUAAGAAAAUGUGCUUCACUAUUUUGCCCCAUGGCUCUUUUAUGAAGCUGCCUCUUUCAAUUGGUUUAUGUAUUGUUUAUGUUCAUCUCCUGUAAAUAAUUCUGCAAUUAAAUUUUUUGAGAAAAAUA